AUGCGAGCGGCGGACAUCCCGUACACGGCGUUUCAAGCCCCUGACGGUCUCUACGAUUACUUAGUUGUCCCGAUGGGAUUGUCAAAUGCUCUAGCGACCUUCAACAACGGUAUUCGGAGAAUUCUGGGUGAUCUGGUGGAUAUUUGUCAAAGUUAUUUCGACGACAUAUACGUAUUCACGCGGAUCUUUGCGCGACUGGAUGAGCACAAAUUCUUUGUGAAACUCAGCAAAUGUGUAUUUUGUGCGGACUCCAUACCUUGUUUAGACGAUAUCGUAGGCCGUGAGGGUGUCAACUCAGCCCCAACAAAGCAUGGGCUGCAGUCGUUCCUUGGUACGGCUGCGUACGUACAACGGUUCUGUCACCGUUUUGCUGACGACGCUGGACUUCUAUUCAACUUGCUGAAAUCUAAGCAUAAGCAGGUGGAGUGGACUCCAACUUUAACAGAGCAUUUUGGGUGCUUGAAGGCGAAGGUUGGGCAAACCCCGGUGCUUGCCAUUCCUGAUUUUGACAAGGAUUUUUUCGUGAUAAUGAACGCCUCCGACUUUGCAGUGGGCGGAGUCCCCUACCGAAAAGAAGUACAUGAUGGCGUUGAAGUUGAACGGCCCGUUACUUUCGCCGGACGGAAGUACAAGCCCGCAGAAUUGAACUACUCUAUGCGUGAAAAUGAACUUCUAGCCAUUUUGUUCGGUCUUCGUACCUGGCGGGACAGACCUUUCGUCGUAGAGACCGAUCACAAGAGUUUGGAGACGGUGUUCAAGCAAAAGUCAAUCUCGCGUCGUAUCGCUAGGUGGUAUGAUGAGCUGGCGGAGUACCAGUUUCAGAUUCGAUAUAUCACAGGAGCCGAGACCAGCGUCGCUGACGUAGCUGAAGCGGUUCGUCGAUAUGAUGAAGAUGACACGACCAAAGCUCUGUUGCGUCUACUGGACCCCAGAUACUCAGCGAAAAAGGGUGAAUCGACUCCGCUAGCAUCUCCACGGCUGCUGGAGCGCUACUCUUUGUUCGAUGGGAGACUAUUCUACCAAGCAGGACAUCAUGACUCACCCCGACUCGUCUUGUACGCAAAUUACUGGAGCAUGUCUGCGAAGAGUUCCACGAUAGUCCCGUGUAUGCCCACCCUGGUAUUGACCGCACGUGCCGCCUAA